CCCCGCUGCUGCCUCUGCCUCUGCCACCGCUGCCGCCGCUGCUGCUGAGCCGCCCCGGCGCCGCCCGCUCCUGCACCCCGCCAGGUUGAGGAUGUUUGGGAGCUGUCUGGUGGAAGUGGCCAUGUCGCGAGUAACCCACACUCACCCCUUCCAAGUGAGCUUCCCGCUCCUGAGCCUCAUCCUGGUGCUGCUCUGCCACGUAGAGGGUACACGCGCGGAGAGCCCCAGUGAACUGCCCGCCAAUGACACUGAGGAGUGCGCUGGCUCCUACAUCUGCAAAAAGGGUGUGAUUUUACCAAUAUGGGAACCCCAGGACCCCUCGUUUGGGGACAAAAUCGCUCGGGCAACGGUGUAUUUUGUGGCCAUGGUGUACAUGUUCCUGGGAGUGUCCAUCAUAGCCGACCGCUUCAUGUCCUCCAUCGAAGUCAUUACAUCCCAAGAGCGGGAAAUAACCAUCAAGAAGCCCAAUGGCGAGACCAGCAAAACCACCGUGAGGAUCUGGAAUGAGACUGUUUCCAACCUCACGCUGAUGGCCUUGGGCUCGUCUGCUCCGGAGAUCCUCCUCUCCGUCAUAGAGGUGUGCGGCCACGGCUUCACAGCGGGGGACUUGGGGCCAAGCACGAUCGUGGGGAGCGCUGCCUUCAACAUGUUUGUCAUCAUUGCAAUCUGUGUCUACGUGGUGCCAGAUGGAGAGAUAAGGAAGAUCAAGCACUUGCGAGUGUUUUUUGUUACAGCGGCCUGGAGCAUCUUUGCCUACACUUGGCUUUACAUUAUUUUAUCCGUGUCUUCUCCCGGGAUUGUGGAGGUUUGGGAAGGCUUGCUCACCUUCUUCUUCUUCCCCAUCUGUGUAGUGUUUGCCUGGAUAGCUGACAGGAGGCUUUUAUUUUACAAGUACGUCUACAAGAAAUACCGAGCUGGCAAGCAGAGAGGGAUGAUCAUCGAGCACGAGGGUGACCGGCCCUCCUCCAAGGCUGACAUCGAGAUGGAUGGAAAGGUUGCUAAUUCUCACGUGGAGAACUUUUUGGAUGGGACACUGGUGUUGGAGGUGGACGAGAAAGACCAGGAUGAUGAGGAAGCCAGGAGGGAAAUGGCUCGGAUCCUGAAGGAGCUGAAACAAAAGCACCCAGACAAGGAAAUCGAGCAGCUCAUAGAAUUGGCCAACUACCAGGUCCUGAGCCAGCAGCAGAAGAGCAGGGCUUUCUACCGCAUCCAGGCCACUCGGCUCAUGACCGGCGCUGGCAACAUCCUGAAGAGACAUGCAGCCGACCAGGCCCGCAAGGCCGUCAGCAUGCACGAGGUCAACAAUGAGGUGACCGAAAACGACCCCGUCAGCAAGCUCUACUUCGAACAGGGCACCUACCAGUGCUUGGAGAACUGUGGCACCGUGGCCCUGACCAUCGUCCGCCGGGGAGGGGACCUGACCAACACGGUGUACGUCGACUUCCGCACGGAGGACGGGACAGCCAACGCUGGCUCCGACUACGAGUUCACCGAAGGGACAGUGGUCUUCAAGCCUGGCGAGACCCAGAAGGAAAUCCGUGUUGGCAUAAUUGACGAUGACAUCUUUGAGGAGGAUGAGAACUUCCUGGUCCAUCUCAGCAAUGUCCGUGUGAGUACCGAGACCUCAGACGAGGGCGUUCUGGAGGCCAGCCAUGUCUCAGCGCUUGCCUGCUUGGGAUCGCCAUCUACUGCCACCGUCACCAUUUUUGAUGAUGACCACGCCGGCAUCUUCACCUUCGAGGAGCCAGUAACACACAUCAGUGAAAGUGUGGGAACCAUGGAAGUGAAAGUGUUGCGAACCUCUGGAGCACGAGGAAAUGUUAUUGUGCCCUACAAAACCAUUGAAGGUACGGCCAAAGGUGGAGGAGAGGACUUUGAAGACACCUGCGGGGAGCUGGAAUUCCAGAAUGAUGAGAUAGUCAAAACGAUAUCAAUCAAGGUGAUAGAUGAUGAGGAGUAUGAGAAAAACAAGACCUUCUACCUAGAGAUCGGGGAGCCCCGGCUGGUGGAGAUGAGUGAGAAGAAAGCCCUGUUGUUGAAUGAGCUUGGUGGCUUCACCAUCACAGGGAAACUCUGGAACGGCAAACCUGUCUUCAGGAAGGUCCAGGCUAGAGAUCAUCCUCUUCCUUGCACUGUGAUCUCCAUCCAAGAGGAGAAUGAGGAAAAGCAGCCACUGACCAGCAAGGAGGAGGAGGAGCGUCGGAUCGCGGAGAUGGGGCGCCCAGUCCUGGGGGAGCACACCAAACUCGAGAUCAUCAUUGAGGAAUCCUAUGAGUUCAAGAACACGGUGGACAAGCUCAUCAAGAAGACGAACCUGGCCCUGGUGGUUGGCACGAACAGCUGGAGGGAGCAGUUUAUCGAGGCCAUUACCGUCAGCGCGGGGGAAGAUGAUGAUGACGAUGAAUGUGGGGAGGAGAAGCUGCCCUCCUGCUUUGACUACGUGAUGCACUUUCUGACCGUCUUCUGGAAGGUCCUGUUUGCCUUCGUGCCCCCAACAGACUACUGGAACGGCUGGGCUUGCUUUGUUGUCUCCAUCCUCAUGAUUGGCCUCCUGACAGCUUUCAUUGGUGACCUGGCAUCCCACUUUGGCUGCACCAUUGGCCUGAAGGACUCGGUCACCGCCGUCGUGUUUGUCGCCCUGGGGACAUCGGUGCCAGACACAUUUGCCAGCAAAGUAGCAGCCACGCAGGACCAGUACGCGGACGCAUCCAUCGGGAACGUCACCGGGAGCAACGCUGUGAACGUUUUUCUGGGCAUUGGGGUGGCCUGGUCCAUCGCAGCCAUCUACCACGCGGCGCACGGACAAGCCUUCCAAGUCUCCCCUGGCACGCUGGCCUUCUCCGUCACCCUCUUCACCAUUUUUGCUUUCAUCAGCGUGGGAGUGCUGCUCUACCGGCGGAGACCCGAGAUCGGAGGUGAGCUGGGGGGGCCGCGGACUUCCAAGCUGCUCACAUCCUCACUCUUUAUCCUCCUCUGGCUCUUGUACAUAUUCUUCUCAUCUCUGGAAGCCUACUGCCACAUAAAGGGCUUCUAAAGGGACAAUCAGAGAUAGUAAAUAUGUGUAUAUCUAUAUAUAUCUAUAUAGAGUGAUAUAUAGGUAUAGAUAUAGAUAUAAAGCUGUGUAUAAUGAACAGAGAAAGAAUAAAAGAGAUUUGCCAUGUUCACACACCUGCUGAUGGAAAGCGGCUUUGGAGCAUCCUUUGAACUAGGCAGGACCCCAAAGCCAGCAGGACCCCUCCCCAGGCAGCAGCCCCAGCCAGGAGCCAUGGGCAGGGCCCUUUCUGCAACUCGACCAACAGGAGAGGCCGAUGGCCACCGAGCCCCUUCCCACGCUGACUCCACCCGCCGGCCCCCGGGAAGACGGAUGCGAAGGCGACCGGGGCGCGUCAGUGUGAGCAAGGCCAGAGUAGCUGGUGAGACACAGAGCUGUGGGCAAGGGAAGGAGAGGAAAGCAAGGGUUCUGAUCUCCCACCGCCAUCCAGCUGCCUUUGCCACUCGGGAACAGGCCCCCUGGCCCUGUUGGAGAGGAGCAAGAGACCGAACUGAAGACAAGGGGAAACUGGGAGCUUUCUAAGGAUAGAACACAAACCGUUUUCGUCAUUGAUUUGGGGUUGGUUUUUUUUGUUUCGUUUUGGCGUGUGUACAACUAGCAUUUCCCACCCACAUGCCCCCCACCUCUCCCUGUCCAUGCUUUUGGGGUGCACAGCCGCAGCCUCGUGUCCAGUGUCCCAAGCCGAGGCUGCACGGAGCGGCGGGAGCCUUCCUCCCACUCCUCCGCCUCCUCGGGCAUGCUGUUGUGGUACUUGUAACAUUUGCAUGAAUGAAAUGAAAUCUAUCUGUAUAUAGCAUCCUAUAGCGGUAGUCCUUCCAGCCAUGUGGGUUGAGCAUGGCAGAUUACAAGCGUUUUCUUUUCACUGGGUUUUAUUUAUUUUUAGUUAGUUUGGUUUUGCCAUAGGGUUUUUGUUUGUUUGUUUCCUCUCAGCGGGGGUGGAAAGGAUGGAAAGCUGUCCCCACUGACUGCUCGUGGCGUGGCUCCAUGAGAAGCAAUAACAGCCAUGCAGUUGUAGGUUUUCAGGGCAGGAAAACCCACACCCCAGAGACUUCAGGCUCUGUCCAGCCGUGCGGAUGGGGGUCUUCUGAUGUGCUGAAGCGGGUGUGAAGGCCUCCCCUGCCCACAGGAGGUUGUACAGGUCCCAGGGAGUGAGUGGGGUGAGCAGUCCAAGGGGAGCAAGCGUGGCUGACUCCCAGCACCUCACACGCUUCUGCCUGUCGAGUCGGUGCCUGCCUCCAAGCCCUUGGCCCCCUGCUAUUCCCUGUGUCCCCAAGGUGCAGUGACAGCCCCUGUUUCUGAGUGUUAAGCCAUCAGGAUCAGUCCCUAAAGCUGGUCCCUUCCCACAGCCAUUUGGAGGCAGAAUAUUCCAACAUGAGGGCUGAAGGGCCGUACGAGAUCUCCCACUCCACUGAGCGUAACCGGGAAGCAUCCCCCCAGGAAAAGGUCGUGUCUGCACUCUCCAAGUCCAAAAUCACUGGACAGGAUGAGACAGGGAGCUGUAACUCAGCAUUGCCCCCCUGAUGCCAGGAGUGCAGGCUGGGGUGGAGAGUGGAGCCAGGGAAAUGUGCGUGUGGAGCUCCCCAGAAACGCUGGGCACUGGUGUGGAGAGAUGGCUUCUGACCCAACGCCCUUUGCCAGGCUUCCUGACAUUCCAGCCAGGCUAACUCCCAGCCUGCCUGUCCAUGGUGAGCUCUUCCCACUCAGCUGAAAACCAUGUCUGAUGCUUGUACCACAACCAGCUGGCUGGGGGUAUUUGUACUCAUCUUGAACUGUCUGUGGAAUUUUUAAUUAACCUGCUGUAAGGUUUUCUCUAGGAAUAUAAAGUUGUGGGUUUGGGUUUUUUUUUCUUCUUGAGCCUUUUUUCACUUUUGAUUUGUUUUGGGGUUUUAAAUUUUUGUUUCUCAUUGUUUUGGGGGAAAAAUCAAACACAGGUGCAGGUUGUUCAGGUCUGUGAUUACCUUUAUGUACAAUGAUUUCAUUUUCAUCUGUUUGGCUUCAUUUUUUUCUUUGUGUGUAUUGCCCACCACUAUAGGCAGUGAGUCCACUAAUUGUGAUGAUCCUUAUCAAUGGUACACAAUGCACAGAGAAAUAAAGUUUGUAAUGAUUCCUGAUGGAUCCAGUGCUGCUCCUGCAUAUUCUCUAUGGAAAACCCUUCUCUCCCCCUUUCCCCUUUGUACCCAUGUCUCCUUGACUCAUUGUUUUGCCUUCACCGUGUUCCUGCCACUGGCAGGGGCAGUGGUGCCUUGGCACAGCCGCCCCUGCCCCAUCUCAUGCCCUUCCUCACACUCCAUCUCCAUGGUGCCUCAGGCUCGGUGUGUGCUGGGGCUCACAGCCUGCUCCGCUCUCAGGGGGAUGCAGGAACCCACCCAGGGACAGAGCUGCAGGCAGCCCACCCUCCUGGGGCCAGGAGCUGCUCCUGUGCUGGCUUGCCCUAGGCUUGGGGUGAGCUGUGGGUGUGCCCCCAAACCACCAAGCAUCUCUUUCAUCUUGUGUCUUCUCCAGAGCUGCUCCUGCUCUUGCUACAGCCUCUCAGCGUGCUGGGUUAAACAACAAGCCUGACUAUGAGGGAGAAUGCAGGAGAUGCAUUACCCUGCAGGGCAGGGUCCAUGGGUGCCAAAGCAGUCCUGAGACACCCCACGAGGCUGGGCUGCUCUCAAGAGGUGCCUGCCCAUGCCCCAGUCCGGAUGCUGUGGGCCACUGCAGACCCAUGUGCCUCGACAUGGCUCAGCCAGCACUGAGGAGGAGAAAACUCUCCAAAUGCCCAGGGAUGUUGCUCCUCCCUGUGUUUCAUCCAGCAUCUGUGGAGCUGUCCCCAGAUAAACCCUCCCUGCAAUGCUUGGGAGGUCCAGCUCUGACAGCUGAACCCAAACACCAGCCCUGGAGAUGGGCCCCAGGCAAGCUCUGCCUUCCACACUCCCCAGCAGAGAGCACGGCCAGCAAUGUCCAUGUGCUUUUCCCGUGUCCUUUGUGAAAACAAAGCAGCUCUUCUGACCCGGUAAUUGCAUCUGCUGAAAGGUGAUGUUGGUGUUUUCCCCUCCUCAUUUGCUUCUUCAGAAUGAAUUGCCUUCGCUGAAGUAAUUAACAAGUCAAAUGGGACUUGUGUAGCCACUCAGGUUAGCAGACAGUAAAUAACUCUUCUGCUCACAGAGCUUUCCAAAGGGAAUGGUGGAGCAGUGCUUGCUUAGGACAAGGCCUAAAUCACAGGGUAAACACCAACCCUGUUCCUGCAGUUGCUGUCUGCCAGCUGAGUGCUUUUGGGUAUUUCACCAAGGCUGUGCACAGUGUGCUGUGAGUGUUCCCAGUGGCUCACGGAGGGGUCACGGGGGAGCAGCGAGGGGCAGCAGCAUUCCCAAGGGUGCCAGGCCUGCUCUUCUGCAGUCUCCUCUUCAAACCACCCUCUCCAAAGGCAGAAGAGAGAUGUCCUCCCCAAGAAGACUCCAUCCCUGGCUGGGAGGCAGCAGGAGGAAGCACAUCCCCAGCACAAUCACACUUUGUCACAGCUCAGCUCCGUGCAUCCCCUGUCUCAUGCCAGAACUCUCCCAUCUCUUCCUUGUCCAGCCUCCCACCCUCGUCUGCACAGGGACAGCAUCAAGCAUCUCUGAGAAAGGCCUGGGUUUAUGGAUGUUGCCAGAAGCAGCAGUUCAAACCCUUGGCCUCCAUCCAUCUGCCUGCCCCAUUUGCUCUCACCCCCUCUCAUCACCCCGCCAGCCAAAGGCAAACUUUUCCAUGGAAAAGGAUGCAGCACAUGUCCAAAGGACAUUCAGAGACAGACAUCCAAAUAACUCCACAGGCUACUGCCAAGCACAUGGGGACAAGCAGAAGGAACAGCCCUAACCAUCCUGGACAAACCAUACUGCCAGAUCUUCAGGGCUCAGUGGGCAUGGAGACAAAUCCCAGCCACACCCUGAACACUGGGAAAAGGCGCAAAAAAAAGGGAAGACCCACAGAUCUGCAGUGCCUCAUGGCUGAACCCAGCUGAACUGCCACCAGUGCCAGGGCAGCACAGGAGCUGCUCAGUCCCCAGGUGUGAGCCCUCAUCUCCAACCAAACGAGGCUCCUGCUCCUGCAGUGCCUCUGGGGCGAGGGGCAAUCUCAAGACUCGUUUGUGCAUCUUAUCCCUGCUCCCUGAAAGGACAGAGGGAAGGGAGGCCUGGAGCCUGCUGUGGUCACGAGCCUGGCUGUGAACUCACUGCACUAUUUCUGCUGCAGGCAGGGACUGGGGAACCAGAGCCCCUGUGUUAUUGUUACAGCUAUUUUUAAACUCUUGGGUAAGAAUCAUCGGCAUUGGUGGCCAUACACAUAACUCAGGAGGAAGUUCAACUACAUUCCUGGAGGGACAGAGCUGAGCAUAGCCAGAAAGUGACAGAAAACUUAUUGCUGGAUGCUGUAAUUCCAGAACAAAGCCUUGCAUUAUUUUCUGUAGGCUUUGGCACCCAAGCCCACCUGGAGAAACGUGUUUGCAGAGCACCUGGAACCUCUCUAGCCUCUCUGAGCAUGCAGUGACCAACUACUGAUGCCUGCACACAUGCUCAGCACAGCUGUGGAAAAGCCUGUUUAUCUUGUAAAAAAUUGACUUGCACAGGAAAGCAUCCAGAGGCAUCCGUAUUCUUGCAAAAAGCACCGAGGGACAAUAAAUACAGUGAGAUUCCUCACCUUUUAAGGACUUGAGCCUUUCUGCUGUUGGAACUGGAGGUGCCAAGAGCCUCUUGCCAGCCAGCAGCACCCCUCACACAGAGGGAAGGGACACUGCAAGGGAAAGGGGCCUGCCUGGCGAAGUAGGAGCUGUUAUCAGCUAAGGUAGACAGGAGCUUGCUGCUCCCAGCAGGACUCUUUUCCUGUGGGAUGCCCCUGAGAGCAUCCAAGGAGUCUCCACAGGGUCUUGCCCUCUCUCUGGAGCAUCUCAAGUCCUGGCCCUGGGACCCGGUGCCCCUAGGGUGGUUCACAGCCCUCUCCUGCAGGCUCUGCACCCUCCCUUGGCUCCUUCCCCUUUCCCAAAGGGAAUGCUACCUUGGGGCUGCCCUCACUACGAGUGUGGAAGGGGCACUGGGGCACCCACUGUUCCCAAAGCAGGUGCUGUGGAGCACUGCUGGAGCUGGGUGUUCCAGUGGGAUGCCCAGCAUUGGAGGGCAAGGGUCCCCCCCAGAUGUGGAAACCUCGUUCAAGCACUGCCACAGCAUGUCCCCUGCCCUGGCUGCCGCGGGCACAGGCAUGCACCUCGAUUUCUGCACAGGUACAGCACAGCCUCAGCUCCUCUGGCUGCCCAUGGGCACCAACCCCAGACAGUGUUUUUAUCUCUUUGAUCCAAAACAGCCCUUGGCCUGUUGCUCUGCUCCAGGACAGCUUUCUGCCCCACCCUAGUUCAGGUGGCAAUGGGAAGGACCAUUAGUGACCCCACCUUAUGCCCCACAUUCUGCCUCAAGCCAUCUCAAGGUCCCAAAAUCACUGUCUAAGCCCAGGACAGUCCAGCCUGCAGCUUGCUCUGUGCUUGCCUCGCCUGUGAAGCCUCUUCAGGUUCCAUCUUCUCCCAAGCUCCCUGCAGAGAAGCAUUCUGUGUCCCUCUCUCCUGCUUUUCUGUGUGGGACAGAUUUCCUUUCUCACUGCACUGAACGAUUACACCUGUUAGCUCAGCCUUGCUGUCUGUGUCUCAAGGCAAAGAUGAGCCACCCCACAUGUUGGACCUGAGCCCCUGAAAACCAAGGAGCAGGCAAAUUUCCACAAAAACCCCAGCACGCUGAGCCCCUCCUGUUCGUCACCCAGGCACAGUCACAGCCACAGGCUCAGCUUUUAUUGUGCCACUGCCCUUCACUCAUUAGUCUGUGGAAGAUUUUUUUGCUGAAUUUCCACCAUUAUCAAGUCCCACAGGUGCUCCAACUCCAUUGCCUCUGUGCUUCCAAAAUAAACUAAUUUGUUUUAGCUGGGGGUUCAAGGCUUUACUGCCCUUGCUUGAAAUGGGCAGCUUAAGUGGAGCAAGUUGCAAUGGCUUGGGAUGUUUAUCCACACUUGGAGCUCCUAAAGCCUUGCAGCAUGUGGGAGUCUGCCACAGGGCUCUCUCUCUCCCUGAACCUCCUAACCUCUUUGUUGAGGUGGGAUUUAUUUCUCCUCUGUUACUUCCAGCUCAGAGGAGUCUCUUGCAGAGGGGAGGAUGAGACCUGCAUGGAGCACAGCCUUGCUCUGCUUUCCCCAUGGAAAUUGCCAGAUUUCUGGCAGAUGAGCUUCUUUGCAGAGAUACUUAGAAACACACAGAAUUUCUAAGUCCCUGUGAAAUUACUGUGCUGGCACAGGCAAGGUUGGAUCCUGGUGGUGCAAAUGUGCCCCAGAGCUUAUUUGGGAACAUUAUUGAAAGGUUUUGCAAACCAGAAGCUUUGUGACUCCCAGGGAUGUGGGGAGGUGCACAAGUGGAUUUCUCCUUGUUUUGUGUAACACUGAGAUGCCUCCCUUGCCUUCAGCUCCAGCCCUGGGCCCUGCCCUGGCCUCUCCUUGCAGUGGGAGCUGUAGAUGAGCUGAACUUGGCUGAACUCCCCCUGUUCAAAUGAGAACGAGCUCAUGUCUGUUUGUGUCUUCAUUCACUUGCCCCAUGUUGCCUCCUUCAUUUUGCGAGCUCUCGAGAAAAAUGUGCCCAUGCAGGGAGCCUUGCAGGAGCCCUGCUUGUCCUGCUCUUAAUCAGGAAACAUACACUACUUUCUGCAGCUCAAGAGAGCAAAAGAUGGCAAUAAUACCUCUUACAUUACUGUGCUAGCAAGGAGGAAAAUGUUAUUUAUUUUUUUCCCUGACAAUACUUGUGCUACUUCUUUUUUCCAUGAUGCAUUAAGCAUUAGGAGACACAGCUCUGCACUCAGUCCAGCUCUCAAGACUACCUGUUGAGGACAUUGCUCAGCAAUCCAGCAGUUUUAUUUGUGGAUGAAGGGCAGAAGGUGGUGAAUUCUCCUGUAAUUCCUAGCUCCUGCUGGAAGACACACAGUCAUGCUGGAAAAACCCACAAACACAGGGUUUUGUAAAAUGCAGCCCUUUGUAUCCUGGGUCUCUGUGCCAAGAAGACCUGGCAUGAGGCUGUAAAAUCCAAAUCAUUAACUUCCUGAAGACCACUCAGCAGUGAUGGGCACCUUUAUCCCUCCUGCUGUCUCCAGGCUGUCUGGAGAGGUCUCUGGCUCACCACGUGUGAACGUCACCAAUGACCAAACGAGAAGAGACACGGAGUAGACAGACCAUGUUCUACCUCCCACCCCAAACACAAGCCCACAGGAUAUUCCCAGCAAGAAGCAGCCAGACUGCCAGGCAGUCCUUGGGAAGCCUCACCCAUCUCAAGGGCAGCAAGUUCCCCGUGGUGCUCGGUCCCCGCUGCUCCCCACAUCGCUGCCCUGAGGGAGGGGCUGCUCCCAGCUCAGCAUCCUGCAGGCACAGCCAAGGAGACACCUGGGCUUGCUCAUGGCACCCUCAGCCAGAAAGGCCUGCAAAGAGUGGCCAUAAUAUUUCAAAGGAGAGACAAAUGAGUUGGGAAUUUAAAAAACCCUACAGCAGGGGUAAUUUAGAUCCAUCACAUUUUUUUCUGCUGUAAUGAAGUGGCCCAAUUAUCUUGAUGCUUGAGUGACCACUCCAGUUCUCAAAAGUCAUUUCCGCACACUUGAGUAACUGCUCCUCCUUCUAGAGUAAAGAAACAGCUCAGAAAGAAACUCAUCUUUCUUGGCAGAGAUAUAAUUCAUGUCAGCAGCUCCUCCCACUGUCCCUCUCAGGAGCAGAGGGACCCGCGGGCAGGGAGCUGCCUGCACAGCCUGUCCCAGGGCUGCUGGACACUCCCCAAGCAAGGGUCCCCUGGAACAGUGGGAUGUAGGAGGGAAAGAGCUCAAAGUGGCUCUCUGGGCCUGAGAAGGGAUGGGGACAGCUGGUGGCUGGAUGCAACCCACAAGGGCAGGCAGGCAGCAGGCAUGUGGUGAGUCUCCUCACCACGCCAGGGUGGUGGCUGGGGACAGCAUCAGCAAGGCAAGUUGUCCUCUGGAAUUUUGGAUGUGCUCCAGAAAGAAUGGCUCUCACUUUCCUGCUCCCCUCUGGCAGCCACCAAUCUCUGACAGCCACCAAUGUGCCCCUGCUCAGCAGCCCGAGGGGAGCUCCCCGUGGCCCCUGGAGCAGGGAGGAGGCUGUGACCACCCUUCCUGACGCACCUAAAGCCACCUGCCACAGUCAUCCUGUCACCCAUCACCCUGUGUGUGUCCCCCCUCACAACCACAGGCAGACCUUGUGCAAACCUUGACAGAGAGAGAGAGAGGUAUCUCUGCCAGCCCAAGCAGCCCCCUGCCCCCCCCCACCAGGGGCAGGGCAGGCAGACCCCAGCUGGACAGAGCCAAAUUAUUCCAAAGCUGGGCUGAGAGUUUGCAGGAGAACUGGUUUGCCUGGAGACAGAAACCAGAGCAUGGGUCAUAAAUUCAACUCCACCUUCCCUCUGCCACCUGUGCCGUGCUCGGCGCUGGGAGCUGGCACUGCCCCAGCUUGUGCCCCAAGCUGAGGGUCACCCCUGGGCUUGGCAGCUGGAGCCCCCCAGUCUCUCUGUCUCUGUCACAGUUCCUCACAAAAUUCAAUGGCACAAUGCAGCUACACUAUUUGAAAAGCCAUAAUACUUGUUGGUACGACUCUUUUAUUACUGUCAAUUUAUAUAUAUAUUUGUUGAUAAAAGAGGUCAUCUUGGGAGACACUUCCAGUCUACUGGGAAAUAAUUGUCCGAUGCUGUAUAUUCUGUACAUACUGUAUAAACAAAGCAAAAUAUGUAAAUCUAAAUGUUUGGUGGACUCGGCGGCACGUGCUGCAGGGGGAGGUUGGAAUCAAGCAGGGCCCCUUCUUGGGCCACCAUGGCUCGGGCUCAGGGGUCCCAGCAGGGUCACCAUCCUGCCGGGCUCUGGGGCAGGAUGUGGCCACGGUGCAAGGGUGGCUCCCUCGGUGCUUUUUCCCACACGAAGGUGGAAGGGGGCGGCUUUGGGAGCGGCUGCACUGACCUCGCUCCCGGGGCACAGCACGGGGCCGGGCACAGGAUCCAUCGGGAACUCUCAGCGUGCCCGGUGUCACCCACCUGCCCCCCAGCCCUCGGCCACUACCCAGCACGACAUCUCCAAGCCUUAGGGGGCCGAGAGAGACGAUUCCCAGUGGGAAGGCUCCGAGCAUCCGGCUUCUCCAGCUCCUUCCCACGCCGAUCCCAGCCGCCCUCCCUGGUGUGUUUUACAGCAGCCACGAGCUGUGACCUUCUAACCCGACACACGCUGUUAGAAAACCUGUUUCAUAUUUUCCGUGGUAUCGAUCUACAACUUUGGAAAUUAUUGGACACAGUCGUGGUAGCCUAAAAGUUGUGCUGAGCUCAUAUAUUUUUAUAUUUGUGGUGUUUUCCUAUCAAUAGAGAGUAGUGAACCCUAUAGCUGAAAGCGAACUAUUCAAAAUAAAUACAUGACUGCAGAAAAUAUUUGUAAAAAUUAUUUAUUUGAAAUAUUCUGCCAAAGAUAGCUCUCUAAUUAUCUGUAAGAUGUCGUUUCUCUCUUUUUGCUCUGAAUGUCAUUGUGAAAAGACCUUUCUCAUCAUAUCUUUUGAAGAUUUUUUUUUUUUUGUAUCUUUAAGGGCAAAGAAAUAUUCCAGUGAUUUUUUUACUAAAGCAGUAAAUAGAGUAGUAAGGAGGCACGAGACAGCUCUGCAAAAGUGAUAAACAGGAUCCAGUAACAACCACUCUGAAAAUCCAGUUUCUCCCGUAGUUCCUCUGGCUGACAGACGGGAUUUGAAGCCUGGGACAGGUGUCCAGCAGGAAGACCUUGGCUGCUGCUGCUGUGGCUGCUGUGUAGCUUACCCAAAGGAGAGAAAUCUCCUGAGAAUCCCAUCCCCAGGCUUGCAGCAUUUGGAUCCCCUUGCAUCCAAUCUUUGCCUCUUCAUUAUUCAUGGGCAUGAUUUAUUUAUUAGCCCUUAAUAGGCCCUGUGGCACAUGGGGAGCCCUCACCCAGAGAUUUGUGGGGCUCCAGUCCAAAACUAUUCCCUCCACGCACCUGCCAGCAGCCCUGAAUCAGUGGCACAGGGAAUCCUGCUGACAUCCAGACCUGUCCCCUUCCUCACAUGGGGACAGGGCAGGGGACACCCAGCUACCAGGGGACAUGGUGCUUUAGCAAGAGGAUCCAUCCCUGCAGGUAUCCAGCUAGAACAGGGGGAAGUACAGCCUCUUACCAUGGAGAAGCUGCCUAGAUUAGUCUUUUAGAAAUUACUAAUUUUUUUUAAUUAUUAUUAUUGUAGAGAACAAAUCUUCUUUCCCUUCUUCAUUUCUCCUUUUUGAAAGAACUUAUCAAUACUAGGGAAGGCCUUCAUUAUCUUCUGUGAUCCCCAGGUCUGCUGCGGUGGAAAUAAAUCCUCAGCCACUCUGUUAGGCUCCACUACUUCAAAGAGAUUUUUGGCUCAGAUUUUUUUCCCUUCUGAGCAGAUUCACAAUUUCUUAAAUGUCUUGGUUAUAAAGGUCUGGAGGAAUUAAUUGAUAAAAAAAAAGAAAUAAAAGCCCUGUUCCAGCAAAUGUGUUUCCACAAGCAAUUCAACUUUUGACUCCCCCAAGGUCAGGCACGUGUGUAAGUGUUUUAUUGGGAAGGCAGGUGGGAAAAGCAGUUUCCAAGCCAUAGGGUGUGAUGGGUGUGAUGAGAGAACUGCUGUCCAUGGGGCGUGGGUGGCACACUGCAGCCUGGGGACCACGUGCCAGGGAAUCUUUGUUCCUCUGUGCAAUGGGCUCUCUGAACCCGGGACUGCUCAGCUGCUGCAUCACAGGGAAACGCAAGCGAGCCAGGGAAGACAAUGGUGAGAAGAAUUGGGUUUCUGAUCACUGUGCAUUUUGUUAAUUAGUGAAUUCAAAUAGUUUUAUUUUUACCAAAAACAGAUUAUCUUUAUUCCAGUAAAGACAACUGUUGACUUGAGAUAUAUAAAAAUAUAUAUAUAUAUAUAUUAUUUGAAUGGUUUAUAUCCUGUUGCUCUAACUACAUAAAAUGGAAACAUGUUGCAAGUUGUGUCAUUUCAAUAUACAAAAUAAAUGACUUUUCCCUGCAUGCUGCCUGGGUAUGUCGUGAUUUGAAUUAAGAUUUAUAUUUGAAUUGCCUUAUUCAAGAGGUUGUAUGUUACCUAACUGGGGAAUGACCUGGCACUGUUCAUCACAUUACAUGUGUACUUGAUGCUGUGUUAUGUCAAAUUCAGAUGAGUCGUCUGUCAUCUAUGUAUUUUGUGGGAGAUCUUUUAUCUUGUUAAAACUGUGAUAUGUAAACCUUCAUUGCCUGAAAUAGUCACAGUUGUAUAAAUCAGUGUCUUCAGCUGUUUUCCUAAUUUUAACACAAUUCCUAACACAAAAUAUAGAUGUUUGUAAAUUCUUCA